GUGGUUAGGAGAUCGUCAAACUCUUUUAACCAGCUAUUGAUAAAAGCUGGUACCCAUUUCAUUAUUACUGAAAUAAGUUCAUUACGACAGCUUGUGGUACAAAAAGACUCCAAGAUCGUUAAAUAAUAAAACCCGAACUAACCCGGAUGAGGCACACUGCGACUUAACGUCAUAAGCUUACAUUUUGAGCAGUUAUGUAAGAGGAGAUUGUUAGAGCACAAAAAUAAGACUUCAUAAAGGAAAAAUUUUAGAUGUCUACGCAGGAAGUGGUCUGAAAAGGAAAAACAGAGCUUGACAUCAUCAGCAUACAUAAGUGUAGUAUCAUAGUUUCGGAAGUUAACCUUUAAAUUCGCGAUAUAACGUUUAUAAAGUACAUUGUUAAAAAAGAUAAAAUGGUUACGAUUAUAACAAAAAUUUGUCUGAUAAAACAAAGAUUCUGACAUAAGAAAUUGGAAGUUCUUGAAUUCCUGUUCUUGAGACGAGAAAGGUGUUCUUGAGACGAAGAAAGGUGGACGAGAAUUAAACCAAGGUGGUUUCGUUGAUGUUGAUGAAGAGACUUCAGGAACAAAUUUUAAUAAUUAAAUCAUAAAAAGAAUCCAUCUUUGAUAGAGUUAAAAGAUGAAAGAUAUUUCCAAUAAAUUCCAGCCAAAUGAUUGGGAAAGGCGGUAUAAUUAAUUUUUCUGAAACAUUUAGAACGAGGCUGAACAUUAUAAUUAGCGCGAAUAUUAGGAACAUCGAUUAACACAGAAACCAGGAGGAUUGGUACUGUGGGGUUUGUAGUUAAGUCCUCAAGAAGCGAUAAUGGCGAAGACCGAAUUACAGUCACAGAGGAUGUCAAAUUUAAGAAGUUAGCACGGGAUGUAAAUGGACCAACAAUCAACUGAUGGGUUUACUUUAUAGUUAUUUUAACAUGGACUAGACAAGACGGACAUGCUUACAUCGCCUAAAAUGGGAAACCUGGUUAAGAAUAUAAGAUAAUCUUAAAAUCCUGCUUAGAAUACUAUUUUGUGAGUGCACGUGUAUGCAUAAGUAGUGGGAUGUCAAAAAGUGAUCGAACUUCACUGGUGUUAGAAUCUUUGAACAAAAUUUUCAAACGGUUCGUUCCCUAAAUGGCCUUUAAAUAUUAAGGAGAUGCAUGUGGAAAAUAAAUACAUCCUGCUGAUAUGUAGUUCCUUUUCACAAACAUACAAUAUAACUUUGUUCGUAUUUAUAAUAAGACCAAUAAGGGCAGUAAAAGGUGCUCUCAAUAAAGAUUUUAUUCAAGAUAAAGAAUUAAAACACUCUGGAGUCAUUGUAAUGGCAUCGAAUGUGGAUACAGCUCUGGCGAAGACAGUAGAUAUUGCGUCACCACAUUUAACAUCACAAUCGAGGAUUUUAAACAGUACCAUCGAAUGUAUGAACAGCCAACAACACGAACUAUCCACCUUAAACGAACUUACCAAUUUUCAGGAUGAGGAAGUUGACAAUCCUACUGAUGAUUCCGGCUUAGAUCAAAACAGAAGUGUGGUAGAUAAGUCUAAUAAGUUUAAAGAUUCUGAACAGCCUUUGGCUGUCAACAGCACCAAUUUAAAAAUUAUGUCACUUGUGGAUAGUCCAGAUAAAAAAGAGUCACACAAAUUAUUGACUUAUAAUACCGAUAGUUAUUUGGCUCCUGAGCAAGCCCUGGUGACAAGUGUAGAGUUAGUGGUCCCUGCGCCUGCAGCCUUAAUAUCCUCAUCGGAUGAGCGUAAUCCUGUCGACGUGACAGAUUCGUCUCCAACGGCGCCAUCAGCAAUCGGCAGCAAGCGACAGCAUAAUGCCGCUGAACUUUAUGCUUCGAGUGGUUCGUGUGACUCAACGAGAAUAUUAACAAGCGAAAAAAACGAUGGUUGUGCAAAGAAUUCCUCUAACUUGGAUAUAAGAAUUCCUACUAAUGUAGCAUCUUCCAAUAUUUUUCUGCCGGAUCGAAGGGUUUCCAUAUGGACCCCACAUAAUGACCAGACAAGUCAAUCGAAUAUAGGGGCGUCGUCAGAAGAGCCUAUAACUGUGAAUACCAAUCAUUUAUAUCAACAUCAUAAUCGCCAUACGGAGCUUUUGAUUCAAAUAGAGAAGGAGAGAUGUGAAACUACAGAAUUUCCUCAAGAUCCCCCCAUGCAGUUAAAUAUUCAUAGUACUGAAAUUCAUCGUCAGUAUAUAUCAGCAGAGGUUCAACCAAUCGUCGAAGGCCAGUCCCAUAUUAACUUUUAUGAACAAAUGAUGCAGCAACACCACCCACAAAAUCAGCGUCAACACCAGCAUCAUGAAGUCGUUCCCACAAACACUCCCAGAAGUCAACAUUCAACGUAUGCCAUCUAUAACCCUCAUUAUCAAAAUUCCACAAUGUUUGCAAAUUUCCAAAAUAAUCAUCAGCAAAACCAAAAUCCCCAAACACAAAAUCAUUUAAGUUGCCAUAUUUCAAUCGAGCAAUCGGAUACACUUUCUCAGCAACACCAGAUUCAACACCAGCAAAACCAACCGCAACUCCAAGGUCAUAAUCGACAACAGCUCCAACCGCAGCACCAUUUUCAUCAACACCAUCAACCACAAAAUCAAAUUCACGAAAAUUUUCAUGAUUUAAUAAUGGAAGAUUUUCGCGAGGAGCAAACUUCUGCCUACAAACUAACACUCUCUCCAAACAAUGUCAAACCGGAAAAUCAGGAUGAUGGUUACGAAACUAGUGCCGGCGAUGUUUUGACACCAAAUUCUCAUAGUUCCUCCACUCAUUCUGUCACGCCUCAGCAUCAAAUGCACCAUCCAAGUGUUGGAAAUAUACAGAACGUAAAAAAUUUAAACAUAACCUCCGUAUCAAAUGGGAAUCACGAGUCGCUUGUUUCCUCUCAGACAUCUGGCGUCGAUUCAUAUAGUUUUAUGUGUCAGGAAACUAAUAUAAAGAAUGUUCCUGCAGUAGGAUCAGUUCCAAUGUUAGCUUCAUCAAAUGGAAGCUUCGAAUGCCCCAACGACGAAAUGUACGAUCAUAAUCACGAAAACCCUUUGCAAGUUUUAGGCAAGGCGCAAUGCGAUAUGACUUCCAAACCAGUACCAAAAAAAAGAGGUCGAAAAAAAAAACUACCUGGUGUCGGAUCAGGUGGUAUUCUGAUGACAAAACUAAUAUCCCAUGAGUCACAGGUUAGUAAUAAUGUCUGCGAUGAAGUUGCUGGCGAUGCAUUGCCUACAUUACGACCAAAGGAGCGUAAGAAGCAUGACAGAUUUAAUGGUAUGUCUGAGGAGGAAGUAAUCAAACGGACUAUUCCAGACCAUCUGUGUGAUAAUCUUGAUAUCGUUAUAGUUGGAAUUAAUCCUGGACUAUUCGCUGCAUAUAAAGGCCACCAUUAUGCUGGUCCUGGAAAUCACUUUUGGAAGUGCCUUUACUUGGCAGGACUAACUCAAGAGCAGAUGAACGCUGAUGAGGAUCAUAAAUUACUUAGACAGGGAAUAGGUUUUACUAAUAUGGUAUCUCGUGCCACUAAAGGGUCUGCCGAUUUGACCAGAAAAGAAAUAAAAGAAGGUAGCCGCAUUCUCCUGGAAAAAUUACAAAGGUUUCGACCAAAGGUAGCCGUUUUCAAUGGAAAGCUUAUAUUUGAAGUAUUUUCGGGAAAAAAAGAGUUUCACUUUGGCCGUCAACCAGGUCGCGUCGAUGGUACUGACACAUACAUUUGGGUGAUGCCAUCUUCAUCAGCACGAUGCGCACAGCUACCUCGUGCUGCCGAUAAAGUUCCGUUCUAUGCAGCUCUAAAAAAGUUUAGAGAUUUUCUUAAUGGUGUAAUACCCCACAUUGAUGAUUCGGAAUGUGUUUUUACUGAUCAACGUAUUCGCGACCAGAAUCAAACAGAGCACAACGAAAAAAUUAAUCCGCCUCUCGCCGAUCAUCAAAAAUCUCUCGCUUUUAUGGAUACCAAUGGUGGGUCCAGUCGGGGUUCUGGUGAUUGUGGGAAUCCAUCUGGUUCGGAAUGUCCAGCACAAUUUUCAAACGAAAAAUUUAUUCAAGGGAAGGCAGAAACCGUAUCUGUCAGUAGUGCUACUAAUCACAGGCCGUUUCCAUAUACAGGUGGGGACAAUCCAAUGUUAAACAGUUCUUCUCCAAACUCUUCUGCUAUUGGGGAAAGCUCGUAUUUGUCGGUAUUCAUCCAUCAACAGCCACAAGAAAAGAAGAAACGAGGGCGCCCAAAAAAGAUAAAGGAACAAGAAAUAAUUGAUCCUACAGGCAACAAAAUCAGCUUAUCUGGCCAACAAUUGCAACAUCAUGAUUUUAAUAACAUUCUUAAUUUGUCGAUGAUAUCCGGUGGGGACUGUGCCGAAGUUCCCAAAAAGAAACGCGGAAGGCCAAAAAAAUUAAAACCAACAAUUGAUAAUGUAAUUGGAGUCAAACAGAAUAAACAUUCAAAAUCCAAUGCAAACUCUAAAUCAGUUUGCGUACCUUCAUCCGCCGUGCAUACGAUCUCUAUGGAACAUAUGGCCCAAUCACCACAAAGCAAUCAUCAAAUGACACCAAGCUUGUAUAAUACACCGCCACCAUCGCACAUACUAUAUACGGCGUCGGCUUCCCCAAUGGCAUCUCCAGCACAAAAUUGUAAUUAUACUCAAGUUCACAGUCACGGAACUCCACCUGUAGGCCAAUCUUCCAACGUAGCCCAAAACACGCCUCCCAAUGACUUACAAAGCGAUCAACCUCCAAUAAAUCAGACUCAUUUAAUUUCAUUGAAUCAUGGAAUUGAGUUGCGAGAUCAGUCAAAUUUGGGAGAUACGCCACCACCGAAUUCACCCAACAAUUGCGUCAGUGCAGACUUUCAUGCACCUGAGAAUUCUGAAAAACAAGCAGGCCCUGGUGGUCAAUGCAAAGUGCGUCAGCAAAUCCCACAUCAAACGGGUGAAAAUUUGCCUCCUAAUUCUGACAUAAACUUAUCCCAUCAAUCGGAAAAUUAUCAACUAUGGAUUUCAUCACAAUCUCACAGCCAUCUAACACCCCAAAAAGUUGUACAACAGCAGGUGCCGCAGUCACUAAUGUCUUACCAUCAAGAACAGUCAGACAACUGGUCUAGAUAUGAAAAUCAGAAUUCCAAUCCUUACGUUGAGAUUUCGGCCCAUCACCAGCAUCUGUCUCCACGAUUAGUAAAUGAGCGGCAGCAGACACAUUGUGGAUCGCAUGGCACAGAUGUUGCACGUAAAAGCUUGUCUGGUCUAGAGUCACUUGUUGAUCAAAUUCCCGCAACGAGGGACCACGAACCCAGUCCAGCAGGAGUAAUUGAUAGUCGUUUAGUAGGUAUUCAGCAACUCUCACCACUACAAAAACGACAUCAAGAGACUUCAGGCCAGGAAGAGUCAUGUAUAUCUACAAACGAUAAUAGGAUAAAUAACAGUUUAUCGAUUAGUAGUCUAGUUUCAUCCGUUUCGAAUUCAACAUUGGAAAAUGAAACUUCCUAUAGUGGUAGUGUGCAUGCUAAUGGAAAUCGAGACAUCAUGAACAGUAACUGUAGUAGCAGCAUUGAAUACCCCAUUCAUGGAUCUUCAGAAUAUGCACAUCAUGCUCCUCACUUAGUGAGUAGUACGCUUGGGGUAGCUAUCAAUAAUUCGGAUCCAAAUCCACUUACACAUCCUCACUCACAUAAUCAUCCGCACCCGCAUCCAAUUUAUAUGGACCCCACACAUAUUUCGAAUCACAUGUCACAUUUGCCACCAGUUAAUGUGAAUUCCGUUUACGGGCCGAGUGUAUAUGGAUCACAUCCCCAGCAUAACAUCGGAGAAUAUCCAACAAACCAUAGCCACUAUAGUCUAGGUAGUCCCGUACCAGGAGCUGGCCCAGGCAGCACUGCAACUUUUCACAUGCCCAGUCCUAAUUAUCCAUAUGGCCAUCACCCAUAUAGUCACACGCCAUCACAAGCCAAUUAUUCAAGCUAUACCCAUCCGCACUCACACCAUAACCACCCCACUCAACAUUUAAGUGUUUUCGACCGACUAAAGCCGUCCGAUAGAGCGUAUGGCGGAUUUUAGAUUUAUUAACGAUCCACAGAAUCUCAAAAAGCAUAAUAAGAAUGGCUCAAAUGCGUUUUUGUGUCCGCCGAAUCUCAGCAAUAUUUAUCAAUCUCCGGCGUUGCCGACUGUACUUUAAGAACCUUUUAUGUCUUAUAUUUACAAUAAGAUAACCAAAGACUCGGCCUAAUAUAAUUAUUAAUGCGUUAAAUAAUUUAUCAAUGAAUAACGUAAAGAAAAUAUCAUUAAGUAUUAUUCAUUAAAUAUUUUAGUACUUUAUUUUUUUUCUGUUUUUAUUUAUGCUAUGCUGGGAUUAUUUAAAUUCAUUUUAUCAUAAUAUUUGUGGUUUAAAAGAACAUACAACGUGUACUUUUAUAUGUUGUCAAUCUAAUAAGGCUAGCUGAAUAAAAUCUGUAAAUUUGUAAUCUGUAAGCUAUUCAUCAAAACAUCAUGAUUUUACUUAUUUGCCAUUUCUCAAAAGAUAAAAUGAAGAAUUUUAUGAAAUCCUUUUUUUUUCCUUCAACUAAUCGAAUGCUUAACAAUAAUCCUUAAAUAUAUAUAUAAUAUUUAAAAUUAUGAAAAAUUAAUACUCAUGGUCACAAGAUCAAUUUUAGUGAUUUAUUAAAUAAAAUUGUUUUAUAAAUUUAUACAAUGAAGUGAAUAAAAUAUUCAUUAAGUAGUAACAUAUACCAGAAUAUUUUUGUUAUUUAUCUAACUUAUAAGACAUUAAUAUACUAAUUAUAUCAGAUAUUGAGUCCUAUGCGGUUCGCAAAAAAUUACUUAUGUAAUUUCACUACGCAUUGAAAUCAAAUAUAAACAUAGUAUUCAUGUACAUAGAGCAUUCAAUCGCGUUUACAAGAAAACGGAAGUAUGUAUGUAUGUUAGUUUAUGCUAUCGUAUAAUAUAUUGAACUCAUUGUGCAUGUUGCGAAUUUGAAAAGAAUAAGAUUUUUUCAAGAAUCAGAUAUAUGUAUUAUAAAUAAUUUUUAUAUAUUUGAUAUGAUUUCAAAAUUAUUUAAUAAUAGAAAGAUAAUUAUAACUAUAAAAUGUUUCGAAAGGUGCAAUCAAUAAAUGAAUAUAAAGUAGAAAAUUUAA